UUAUCUAGUUGUUUUAUAAUAUUUUAUCUAUCCCGCUACGGGUGAGUUUCCUUAUAUCCCGUUACUGGUUUUUCUUGCUGUUUUAUGAUCUUUUCACUAUCCUGUUACGGGUAAUUCAUAUUUGUUACUGUUUGUGUUGUUUGUUAAUAAAAGUUUGUUAUAAAAAAAACUGAACAGUUCUUUAAUAUAGCUUGAUACGCUACAGCUAUAUUUAAUUGGUGGCAUCGUCGGGAUUGACUUACCAUUUGAUUUAAAGGAAUUGUGUUUCAAGUAUUAUUCCUUAUGGCUUUCUUGGGACGAGCAAAGAAGUGUGAUUUGGUAGAAUUAUGUAAGGAAUUGGGUGAAACUAUUAUUGAAAAUGUUACAGUAUGUGAGUUGAUAAAUCUAAUUAAAAAAUCUGAAAAUUACGAAGUGAAUCUAGUUAAAGAAAUAUUAGAGGCAAUUAAAGAAAAUCGUAUCGAAAAAGAAGAAAGAAAAUGCCAAGAAGAAGAGGAGGAAAAACUACGCCAAGAACGGCAAAAACAAGAACGCCAAUUUGAACUCGAGAAAUUAAGGCUUAGUGCCCAAUUAAGUGGCCCUUCAAAUCAAAAUAUUGGCACUACUCUGCGGAAUAAGUUAGAUAUUCAUAAGUUAAUGCAGAAUUUUGAUCCUAAGGAAGAUGAAAUCAGUCUUUAUUUGGUAAUUUUUGAGCGUCAAGCAAAACGAGCAGAAAUACCAAAAGAAGAGUGGGUUACUCAUUUAUUAUCUUUUCUUUCACCUGACAUAACAAAAUUAAUAGCAAGAGAAUCUGAAGAACAAACAUACAACUAUGAUCAUGUUAAGGAAAUUUUAAUGAAGAAGUUUAAGCUAAGUCCAGAAAAAUUUAGGAUAAAAUUUAUUCAGCACCAAAUGAAGUACGAUAAUAGUUGGAAAGAUUUCGUUUUUGAAUUAAGGAACUAUUUAAAUGAAUGGGUUCAAGGAUUGGAAGUAAAAAAUUUUGAAACCUUGCUGGAUCUAAUGGUUACUGAUCAAACUAAACGAAGAGUUCCCAAUGAAGUGCGUGAUCAUUUUAUAGACACUUGGUCAAAAAUAACUUCAUCUACAAAGCUGGCAGAAAUAUUUGACGAGUACGAGAAUGUGCGUGGAAGUCGCAAACGAAUUGACUUGCAGGUAAAUUCUGAAAAUCGGAGAUCCAAUUGGCGAGAAGAAAAUGCCACACUGAAAAAUUCACAGGGAGCUACUUCAAAGAAUGCAAAUUAUGAUCAAUUUGAUAGACGUACGCCUUUAAAAUGUUACGAAUGUGGAUCUACUAAUCACUUACGACCUCAGUGCCCGAAGCUUAAGUGCCAAAAGCCACCCGCUCAAGUUAAUCGAAUCGGAGUAGGACACGAAGAAGACAAAUUACUAACUCCGUACACUCUUAUGGCGAAAGUAAAUGGAGUUAGGAUGCCAGUUCUUCGUGAUUCAGGUGCAACUAUUGAUAUCAUAUGCAGAAAAUAUGUGACUCCAGAUAUGUUUACUGGCGAAACUGUGUGGGUACAACAACCAUUAGAUGAAGGCCCAACUUAUUUACCAUUAGCAAAAGUUUCGAUAUCUGGUCAGCUUGGAGACAUUGUAUCCAAAGCGGCUGUGGUUAGAAGUGAGUUGGAUAAAGGUCGAUAUCUCCUUGGAAAUAGAACAGCGGCUAGAUUGUCAAAUCUGCAAAUGACGCCAAUGCAAAUUUCAGAGUUAAACGCAGUUAAUACCAGAUCGCAAACUCGAUUAAAAGCAGAAAAUGAAGAAUAUGAGCAACAAAAUUCGAACGAUAGCGAAAACUCUUCCGAACAAAAUAAUAAAAAUCAGGAAAUUAUUUUAGAGGAAAAAGAUGAUGAGCCAGUUUUAGAAACGGAUGCCGUUUGUUCAGAAAUCGAAGAGAUAUUACCAACUUUAAAUGCCAAUUCUGAUGAACUUUCUUUAAUACAGGUGGAUCACGACGACUUCGUUAAAGCUCAACAGGAUAGUGCCGAGUUAAAAUCAGUUUUUAAAAGUGUGGAAGAAGGUAUUCAGAAUCAAAAUAAUAAACAUCGCUAUGUGGUUGAAAAAAAACUUCUUUUCAAAUGCUAA